AUGUCUCGCGAUAGACGAAGCAAGGUCCCUACCUCUGGUCCGAGGGACAAGUAUUUGCAUUUUCACGAUCGCGUGGGUCUGGUGUGUCCACCGCCCAGCAUGGAGCGAGUUCGCGUGAACCACAGCUACGAGCGCCCUCGGAUCAUCGUCGCUGUGAGCCUCGAUGAGAGCCUCAUUUACGGUGCCAUGAAACUGUCCGGAGGUGCCAGGCUUAUCGGCACCACUGCAGUAAAACCGCUUGCUAGGUCUGUUUUCCAGGUUAUUAGUCCUGAAGUGUGCCCUAAAGAAUGUAAAGUUACGUAUGGCGCUCCGGUGCAGUUUUUGUUGGCUACCGAGGAGCUCUCCGACAAGCCAUUGUACAUGGCAAGCGAUUCGCUAAUGUCUACGAAAGGGGUGCAGCAGAAGUCAGGUCAUAGAGGAGUCUUUUUGAGUGCUGACAGGUGCAACUACAACACCCAUUGGGUCUUCCAGCACGUUGAUCCGCAAAUACGCCUCGAAUUCGAAGGCCAACCCGUCCCUGUUAACACGCCAGUUAUUAUCAGACACUGCAAAACCAAUUCGGCGCUUGCAAUUGAACACAAGAAAUCCUGGGGCUUGCUCGAUUUUGAAUAUGAGGUGAGCAGUUGCAACCAUCUUGACGGCCACCGAGCGGAAAACGACACAAACCAAAUAUGCGUUUGCACAAACCUUGAUGUCUGUGAAAGUCUAUCUGACGUCAAGUCUGACGCUGAGAAGCUACUGAAAACGAUGUCGACCUAG